AAUCUUCCAAGCCCCAAUUUCGAAAUUCCAAGGCCCAAACCGAAACCCCGCUCCUCGCCCCGCAUCUGCGCACCACCACCGGAUCAGCCGAUGGCGACCACCUCCGCCGGCGGCGAGUUUGAGAUCCAAGAAGAUGAAGGCUUCGUCUUCAAGCUCCCCGGCGUCCUCUACCCGGAUGGCGCCGAAGAUACCGACACGGCGGCGCCCUCCACAACGGCCGCGGACCUCGAGUCCGCCCGCCUCCAGCGCCGCCGCCGCGCGCUCCUCCACCUCCGCGCCAAGUACAAACUGGAGUUCUCCCGCUGGGAAUCCCUCUCCUCCGACAUCCUUGCUCCGCCCCCGGCCCCCACCGCAGCUACUUCUGUAGCUUCGUCCGCCUCCCCUCUUCCCCUCACCCCCUUGACCGCGACAAUAUCCUUGGGCCACACUAUCCUCGAUGACUAUCUCGCGGAGGUGGAGGUGCAUGAGGAAAUGCUCAAAAGAGCAUCGCAGAUGUGUGAUGAGAUUGUGGAGUUUUGCAACGAACACGAGGCAGCCCUCGUGGAUGCCGCUGCCGCGCUGCCGGUAUGGGGGGAUCCACGGGAGCUUGUGAAAUCCCUGUGCAGUCCAGAUGAGCAGGCUGCCGUGCAGCCUGUAUGUGGCAAUCCACGGGUUCUUAUGAACUCAGUAUCCAGUCCAGCUGAAAAGACUCUCCCUGGUACUCCCUCUGUAAACAAAUAUAGGAGUGUUUAGUUUACGGAGGGGGUAUUAACUAGGCACUGCACAACUGUAGUGGGGCCAUCUGUAUUUAACUAGAUAGUUUGCUUUGUUGUGUUCGGUGAAUUGCAGUUCGAUUGGAGGCAGAAAGUAGGCUCAAUAGUUUCUAUCUGCUUGUAGGAUUGGCAGAUGUACCUGAGAGGGUUGGGGACAUUGGUACCGUGUAACUAGGGUAAAAAGAUUUUGGAUUUAUUUUUUAUCAGGUGCUGUCUAAUGUAUUGGAGUUGUACUUUUCUAUGGAAGUGUUCUAGUGACUGGUUUGCACGACUUAA